GGGGCUUGACGGCCGUCUCCUUCGGCUUCCACCGUGGCCUCAGCGCGGUAGUUGCGCGGAGGUCUGAUAGGGUGCUACGGAGGCUCCCAGAUACGAUAGCAGCAAUAGGAAAACAUUUUUGAUGACUCUCUGUCUUGUUGCCUUGAAAUUUCCACCUCAUCGUGUAUUUUGGAGGCAUCGAGAAUGGACCUUGCUCAAAGAAGCUUUCAGACAAAAGACAUCAAUCUCUUUCCUUAGUCGACCAGAUCUUCCAAGCCUGGCUUAUAAGAGACUAAAAGGCAAAAGUCCAGGAAUUAUCUUCAUCCCUGGCUAUAUUUCUAAUAUGAAUGGUACAAAGGCAUUGGCGAUUGAGGAGUUUUGCAAAUCUCUAGGUCACGCCUAUAUAAGGUUUGAUUACUCAGGAGUUGGGAAUUCAGAUGGUAACUUACAAGAAUGUACAGUGGGAAGAUGGAGAAAAGAUGUUCUUUCUAUAAUUGAUGAAUUAGCUGAAGGACCACAGAUACUAGUUGGAUCUAGCCUCGGUGGGUGGCUGAUGCUUCAUGCUGCAAUCGCACGGCCACAGAAGGUUGUGGCUCUUAUUGGGAUAGCCGCAGCUGUAGACGGCCUGGUGACAAAGUUUAAUCAGCUCCCUGUUGAGGUAAAAAAGGAAAUAGAGACGAAAGGCGUCUGGAGCAUGCCAUCAAAAUACAGUCAAGAGGGAGUUUACCAUAUUCAGUACAGUUUCAUUAAAGAGGCUGAACACCACUGCCUUUUACACAGCCCCAUUCCUGUGAACUGCCCUCUGAGACUGCUGCACGGCAUGGAGGACGACGUCGUGCCGUGGCACACGUCCCUUCAGGUUGCUGACCGAGUAGUCAGCACAGAUGUAGACGUCAUCCUUCGAAAGCACAGUGAUCACCGCAUGAAGGAAAAAGCGGACCUUCAACUUCUUGUCUACACUAUUGAUGACUUAAUUGACAGGCUUUCAACUGUAGUUAACUAGAAUCACACUGUUCGUUGUAUAUAAACCAGUAGACCCAGAGAUUGAGAGAGGGAUAACACAUGGAAGACCCUGACACUUAGAAGGUUUUUUCCGCUUACCACUAUUUUGUAAAUAUCACAUGAGGUUUUAUUUAAUGAUGUCUGCCCAUAAGUGAUACAAAUUGUGAAGAGAAUACAGUUAUUUUUCUGAAUGUUCCAGGGAUUGGUUCCAGGACACCCCCAGCUCUCGGAUACCAGGAUGCGAAGAUGUUCAUGUCUGUUAUAGAAAAUAGUAUGUGUGUAUAACCUGCACACAUGCUCCUGUAUGCUUUAAAUCGUCUCUAGAUUAUUUAUAAUACCCAGUACAAUGUAAAUGCUAUGUAAAUAGUUGUUACGCAGUAUUGUUUAAGAAUCAGCAUUCUGGAAUUCUUUUUUCUUUUAAGUAUUUUUGACCUGUGGUUAGUUGAAUCCAAGAAUGUGUAACCUACAGCUACAAAAGGCCAGCUGUACCAGCUGCUGGAGAAUUGGAACAUCCUCUUCCUCCUUCAUUCUCUGAUUGCUUUUUUCCAUUAAUAUGUUUUCUAUUUUUUUAUUCAAGAGAUGUUUAACUUCUAGUGCUUUAGUUAACUGCCAGCUUUUAAUUCUGUUCUUUCCUCCUUAGAAUUAUUAAUAAAGCUUAAAAUUUUCGUAUUUUGUUUGGUAUCAUUGUAUGUGGAGAUUUCCUAUUGUAAAAUGCAGUUCACAAAAUAUGGGAAAAUCUGAAGUGAUUAAGGAAAUGUCUGAAGCAUAAUAAAGUUUGAAAAGUAAAGAAUAGUACUUUAUAUAUUUUGCAUGUUAUAUUUGAGCUAAAACUAAGGUUAUUUUUUGUAUAAAGGCUCAAAACUACAGAGCUCUAAAGGGGAUAUGUUCUAAAUUUUGGCUCACGUGUAUUGAAAUGGGGGUAUUUCAUCUUAAUGUAGUUUUCAUAUUCUAAAGAGGGAAGUAAUCUUUAUAUAUUAUUUGCCUACCUGUAGAAACGUUUAUUUCUUAUUAAUAUGUGCCUUAAGUUUAAAUAGCCAAAUGGUAGCUGUCUAAAUUAGAGGACUUCCAGAAGUGCAAAUAUAGUAAGAAAAUAGGAAAUAUAAAUAUAAAGGUUUUCCUUUUUUAAACUACUGUGCAGUAGACAGUCUUGGUAUUAUUGGGUUGGUGGUUUUUAGCUUUUAAGUUUGCUUGGACUUUAUUUAGCUUGCUUGGGUUAUGUCUGUCAAAGUAACACUUAAGUUGACAACACUGAGAAAUAAUGUUGAGAAAAAACCUUUUGUGCCAAAGAGUUAACAGAGCCUGACCACUUACUCUUGGAGACCUGCUUACAAGAUUGGCCCUUGGCUGGCAUCCGGGAACUUGAAUUUUAGGAGGGUUCCCAGCACUGAUGAAAGUGGCUCACUGUGCAAAUUGUCUGUGUAAACAAUGUGGUUUGUGCUGAACACCUGCUUUCCUUCUGGGAGUCUGGAGUUUUGGUAGGGCCAGGCAGAGGCUGAGUGCCCAGCUCCCGAGGAAAACUCUGGCACCGGGUCCAACCAAGUUUCCGGGGCGGACAGCCUUUCCCAUGUGCUGUCUCAACACUGCUGGGUUUAAGCUCAUCCUGUGUGACUCCACUGGGAGAGAAUUCUUCAGAACUUGUGCCUGAUUUCACCCCUGAUUUUCCAGAUCUCACCCCAGUUCCUUUUCCCUGUGUGGACUUUGCUUUGUAUCCUUACCGUAAUAAAUUGCAGCUAUGAGUACAACUGCGUUCUGUGAGUCCUGACAGAUCGAGCCUGGGGGUGGUCUUCGGGACGCCUGCCACAGAUACAAAGCAG